CUUGUUUGUAGCCACACCUCUUCUAUCACCAGAGCGCCCCCAUAAAAAUCACCAUCCCCAUCUUCCCUCUACCUUCUUCUUCUCCUUCUUCCUCCUCCUCCUCCUCCUCCUCCUCUCUUCCUUCGUUUCCUCUCAUGAGGAAGAAAGAGGCCAGAGAAUCACAGAGAUACAAAGCAAGAGCAAAGCAUUUCUAAUCAACUUUGGUUGUUUGCUCUCUUUUUAAUUUAAAUAAUUUCAUUUCUUCAUCUCUUUGUUCUCUCUUGUAUCUUUCUUAAGUUAAAUCAAAAGUAGAAGCUAUGGGUACUGAGAUUUUGAGGCCUCAGGAUUGUUUAAUUGAACGGAUCAGAGUUUCUCCUUGUCGCCGGAGGAAUUUUUAUGGCAACUCUUAUGCUAACCCCAAGUACUAUGACUCUAACCCUAGAUUCAACAGAAAACCAGCCGUGCGCUCUGAGAGGACCGACCAGAGAAAGCGCCAGUCCGAGCCUACCUCGAUCUCGAAGAGGUCGAACUCGGUUGAUGAUUUGAAGAUCGCGAAAAAUCACUACCAUGGCCAGAAGGCUAACAAUAACAGCCUUCUCAUGGAGAAGGUGACCAUUUUGCGACGAGGGGAGUCGCUUGAUUCUAAGAUCCGUAGCAGUGAAACAGCGGCAGUUUCGAAGAAGGAUCUGGGCGGUGAUAUGGUGGUCACUGGUACGGAUCGAUUGGGUCCUGAACCAGAAAUGGUACCGAAGCAGAUCCGAAUAGUUGACCUGAGUUCUCCGGUAACCGGGAAGUGCGAUGUGUAUGCCGGAUCAGCUUUUGCAGUAUCGCCGGCACCUAGCUCGCUCCCGUUGCCGUCUUUCUCGAAGAAAAAGCAAGUCCGUUUUGAUGACUCAGCUACCAGAGACCUCAGGCGUUUACUUCGACUUGACGUUUAAGGAUCCGUCUAUAAAAUGGGUGGUCAUACUUCUGGAUGAAUAAGUUAUUAGUCUUUCUACCUCUUGCCAAUUUCGUCUCUGUUACAUCCGUCUGGUUUUUGACGAUGGGAUCCUCCCGUGAGAUUUUUUGUAAAACGGUAGGUAGAUCUGAAAAUCAGGGAAAGUAUAGGGACGAAUUAGUAAAAAGGAGGGUAUAUCAUGUAUAUGGGGGUAUUGUGUAUUGGGGCUUAUGGAUAGUGUAUCUGGGAGUGGGGCGGAAUUAGGAAAAUGGUUGGGGCUGAGUAGUGUAAAAUAUGAAUGAUGGAGGAGGACGUUUGUGAAUCUGUUAGGAAGUUUACUGCUUAUGUACAAUAAUAAUAUGAAGUAAGAUGAAAAAUUAGGGAGAAUUAGGGGAGAUUUUAUAAUAUAUAUAUCUCUUAUAGUUUUCCCAUUUAAAUG